AUGACGAAUGAUACGAGCACGGCGACAAAAGCCACCUACGAUCAGAGUAACUGCAAGAAGCGCGAAUCGUGGCACUCGAAUGGGGACUUGACGGGCGAUGCCGGACCGGAUCCCGGUGGGGAUGACGGGACGGAUCCGGAUUCAGGUACAACCGGAAAUGAUCGAGCCCAGGAAACGACGGCCCUUAAUCCGAAGGGUAGCAACCGUCCGGCUGCGGGAGGUAAGGAGCGAACGCUGGUAGUGGCACUGACGGGCGAACGGCGACGGGAAACGUGGAGCCAAAAGACGGAGUUCCUGCUGGCCGUCAUCGGGUUCGCAGUGGAUUUGGGUAAUGUUUGGCGCUUUCCGUACAUCUGCUACCAGAACGGGGGUGGGGCUUUCCUGAUUCCCUACUGCAUCAUGCUGCUGUUCGGCGGGCUGCCGCUGUUCUACAUGGAACUGGCCCUGGGACAGUUCCAUCGGUGCGGCUGUCUGACGAUUUGGAAGCGGAUUUGCCCCGCUUUGAAGGGUGUCGGCUACGCAAUCUGCCUGAUCGACAUUUAUAUGGGCAUGUACUACAACACGAUUAUCGGCUGGGCGGUUUAUUAUCUGUUCGCCUCAUUUAACACCGAGCUGCCGUGGACGAAAUGCGGUAAUUUAUGGAACACCGACGCGUGCACCCCGGUAACGGCACUGGCCUCGGCCGCCAAUGAAAGCCUGCUGGCAGCGGCCGGUGUCGGGUUGAACGGAACUGCCGCCGGUUUUAUCAACGGAACCGUCGGUCUGCUAGGAAAUCUAACGACGACCGUGGCCGGCGCCCUGGUCGGGGCCGAGGUGGAUCUCGUUCGAACCAGUCCAGCGCGGGAGUUUUUCGAACGCCAAGUUCUGGAGCAGUACAAAUCGGACGGAUUGGACUACAUGGGACCGGUGAAACCGUCGCUGGCGUUGUGUGUUUUUGGAGUGUUUGUUUUGGUCUAUUUCUCCCUCUGGAAGGGGGUCAAGAGUGCCGGAAAGGCGGUUUGGGUGACGGCCCUCGCUCCGUACGUGGUGCUGUUGAUUCUUCUAGCCCGCGGGGUAACACUUCCAGGAGCGGCUGAAGGAAUCCGGUACUACCUGACACCGGAGUGGCACAAGCUGAAAAAUUCGAAGGUGUGGAUCGACGCGGCGUCGCAGAUCUUUUUCUCGCUCGGGCCCGGCUUCGGCACGUUGCUGGCCCUGUCCAGCUACAACAAGUUCAACAACAACUGCUACCGAGACGCCCUGCUGACGAGCAGCAUCAACUGUUUGACCAGCUUCCUGGCAGGGUUUGUGAUUUUCUCCGUACUGGGCUACAUGGCGAACGUGCAGAACAAAUCGAUCGAGGAUGUCGGUCUGGAAGGGCCGGGACUGGUGUUUAUCGUGUACCCGGAAGCGAUUGCCAUGAUGAAGGGAUCCAUCUUUUGGUCGAUCAUUUUCUUUCUGAUGCUGAUUACGUUGGGACUGGAUAGUACUUUCGGUGGAUUGGAAGCGAUGAUUACGGCGCUGUGCGAUGAGUACCCACGGGUUAUCGGUCGGCGGCGGGAGCUGUUCGUACUGAUCUUGCUGGCGUUGAUCUACAUUUGUGCCCUGCCAACGAUGACUUACGGUGGUGUCUAUUUGGUGAACUUCCUUGGUGUCUAUUUGGUGAACUUCCUGAACGUUUACGGGCCCGGUUUGGCGAUUCUGUUUGUCGUAUUCAUCGAGGCGGCCGGUGUGUUUUGGUUCUACGGCGUGGAGAACUUCUCCGCCGACAUCGAGCAGAUGUUGGGCAAGAAACCGUCACUAUUUUGGCGCAUCUGCUGGAAGUACAUCAGUCCGACGUUUUUGUUUUGCAUUCUGGUGUUUUCGCUGCUGGGUUACGAAGGCAUGCUCGAAGGGGAGUACAAAUAUCCUGAGUGGAGCGUAGCAGCCGGUUGGGUACUUACACUUUCCUCGGUGCUGUGCAUUCCCCUGUAUGUGAUGUACAAAUUUAUGAUCAGUGACGGUAGCUUGCGGAGCCGCCUUCGUCAGACCUUUAAACCGGAACCGCUGAUACCGACGGCUGUGCCCGGUCAGAUCUACACCGGAACCGCUGUCUGA